GGUGUCGUUUACACGGUAGCUUUAGCCCUGCUAGCGAGAAAAACGCCAUCUUAAGUUGACGGGGGGGUUUAAACGGAGUGAAAACAGGGAGACAGGCACUGAGGAGGUGAACCUGUUAUUUUUUUAUGAUUAAAAUUAUCUGAGUCACCCGGACUAGUGUUAGUCAUGGUUUGAGGGCCUGCAUAAACGCAAAAGGAAAAAGGGCGAGAAAGUGAGGAAAUCAGCAAGAUACUAGCUACCCAUUUAGCUACCUAGCGAACAGGCAAGGGGGAGGGCCGGGGUAGUUGAGGAUUUUUUUUUUUUUUCGGGUGAAGCUGAAGUUUUUGUUUAUGUUAUUCCACGCGGAGAUGUCUUCUUCAAAUGCAGAGUUACAAGACCCAGAUCUGGGUAUGGGGGCCAGUGGGACCCAAACAAGUGGUGGGGCUGUUGUACCAAAAGGGAGCAACAAAAGACGAGCUGCGCCAGACUUUGAUGAUGUUGAUGGAGACAAGAUAAGCAGGUUUGAUGAUGACACAGGAGGCUCCAGCAAUGAUAAAGAGCGCUUUGCCAGGGAGAACCACAGUGAGAUUGAAAGGCGGAGGCGUAAUAAGAUGACUGCUUACAUCACAGAAUUAUCUGACAUGGUACCCACCUGCAGUGCACUAGCGCGGAAACCAGACAAACUAACCAUCCUGCGAAUGGCAGUUUCUCAUAUGAAGUCACUUAGAGGAAGCGGCAAUACCAAUGCAGAUGGGUCGUACAAACCUUCAUUUCUCACCGACCAGGAGCUUAAGCAUCUUAUUCUGGAGGCUGCUGAUGGCUUCCUGUUUGUGGUGUCAUGCGAGACGGGGCGCAUUGUUUAUGUCUCUGACUCCCUGACCCCGGUCCUCAACCAGUCACAGUCUGACUGGCUCGGAUCCUCCCUGUAUGAUCAGCUCCACCCAGACGACAAAGACAAGCUUCAGGAGCAGCUCUCCACUGCAGAGAAUAACAACACAGGGAGGAUGUUGGACUUAAAGACAGGAACAGUGAAGAAGGAAAGUCAGCAGUCAUCAGCGAGGAUGAGUAUGGGAGCUCGUCGAUCAUUCAUCUGCAGAAUGAGGUGUGGCACGUGUCCAGUGGAACCAAUGUCAAUGAACAGAUUGCAGUUUCUUAGGAACAGAAACAGAAAUGGUUUGGGUGCAGCCAAGGAAGGGGAACCACAGUAUGUAGUGGUGCACUGCACAGGAUACAUCAAGUCCUGGCCCCCUGCAGGAGUAUCAUUAACAGAUGAUGAAGCAGACAAUACUCAGGGGAGUCGCUACUGUCUAGUUGCUAUUGGGAGAUUGCAGGUUACUUGUUGUCCUGGUGACACAGAUGUGAACAGUAUCAGUGUUCCUGUGGAGUUCAUCUCCCGACACAACUGUCAGGGCAUGUUCACUUUUGUAGAUCAUCGCUGCUUGCCCGCUAUUGGAUAUCAACCCCAGGAUUUAUUGGGGAAGAGUAUCCUAGACUUCGCCCACCCUGAAGACCAGGGCUUACUAAGAGACAGCUUUCAACAGGUGGUUAAGCUGAAGGGUCAGGUUCUGUCUGUGAUGUUUCGAUUCCGCACCAAGUCGAGAGAAUUUAUCUGGAUGCGAACCAGCUCCUUCACUUUCCAGAACCCGUUCUCGGAGGAGAUCGAGUACAUCAUCUGCACCAAUGUCAAUGUCAAUAGAAACUCAGCUCAGGACCCCCUCACUCCCAUCUCCUCCCCUGGGGCUUCGAUGCCCCCUUCCCUGGGUCAGAGCAGCCCAAGUGGUCCUCCUGUAGUGCUCAGUCCGGGCCAGAUGGCCACCAGACAGCUACAACAACAGCAGGCUGACCUGGAAGGACGAGAUGGUCCAUAUGAACCAGGAUCAAUGACCCACCCACAGAUGCAGCCAGUCACUGCAGCAGGGCCGGACCACAGCAAGAGCAUUGAGAAACCGGAACUCUACCCUUCGCUUUUCCAAGGGCAAGAUCAGACCAAAGGCCUUCCUUCCUCCACCCCUACUCCAUCCACCCAGAUCUACGCCCCAAACAACAACUUUGCUGCUGGUCGUUCCAGCGAUGCAUACAGACCAGUCAAUAUGAAUCCACAGAUACCGCAGCCCACCCACUCGGCCUCAGCAGGACAGAUCUUGGCUCAGAUUUCUCGUCAGAACGUAGCCCCACAGCAAGUUAACCAAUCCAGUACGACAAGCCCCCUCCAUGGAGGCCCAACAGGCGGGUGGCCUGGGGCUGGACCUGCAGCCAGACCGCAAUUUAAUAACCAGGUGGCUCCCCAGGCGGCAAAGACCAUGUCGCCACAAUUUACUCCCAUGGGAGGGUUUGUAGGCGGCCCUACCAACACUUUUGGCCAGAUGCCAACAGGUGCUGCUCCCAUGCCUACAGGUGCUGCUCCCACCGCCACCAGCGGCACAAACUACUCGCAAAUGAAUGCUCGUGCAAGCCUCAACAACAACGGUUUUGAUGGCUCUCAGUCUGGGGCACAGUUCCCUCCUCGAGCAGCAGAGGCAGUGUGGCCCCAGUGGCAAGGUCAGCAGCAUUCACAGAGUAAUUCAGAGCAGGGCAACCAGCAAGACAUCUUUCCUGAUGUGUUGUCUAUGUUGGACCAGCCUGCCAACUUCAGCAACGAGGACUUUGAGAUUCCUAUGUACACGCCAUUUAACGAGUGACCUGGAAAUACUUCUGUCGUCUUGCCUAAAUCACGGUUUCUUAUAUUUAGCUCUUCUCCUCGUCUGUUCUUUCUGCUCUUCCCCUUCUUUGCAUGGCUUCAACUGCACAGCUACAAGACAGUUAAGGAUGGAGGGAUAAAGUUGAAUGCAGGGGAAUGGGAGAAAAAUCAAGAAUUUGCUACUGACUAAAAGAUUAUUUUAACAAUAUACCGCCAUUGUAAGAGAAUUUUCUAGCUAGCACUGCCCAAAGCUCAACAACCCAUGUUGUAGAUAUGUGAUAUACAGUAUAUAUGUUCAUAUAUAUAUAUAUAAAAAAUAUAUAUAUAAAUAUAAAAACGCACAAUCCCACAACCACACUUGAAUAGACUGCACAAAACACCCUCCUAACUCUGGUAAAUGGAAAUGAAAACGGAAGUAAACACACACUUGCACACAAAGGCCUUUUAU